ACAAACAAUAAUCGUUAGGCUUAUGUUAGACUUAGUUUUACCACGAUUUAAUAAAAAAUCCUUAGUAACUAACUAUAGACUAUGACCAUAUCAAUAUUCUUUUAAAUGAUUCAAAUUAAUUUUAUGAUUCUGUGGAACAAUAUACUAACUUAUUCAUUUAUGUUUCGGUUAUGUAAUGCCAGUAAGCAGCGAUAGAGUAACGCGGUCAAAAACAGUAGGUUUUGCUAUAAAAGGAAUUAAAGGAGAACCAAUAGCUAGUCAUACAGAAAAUCAAGAAAACAAUAAUUUCUUGACAAUUGCUCCUGCUUUACCUAUUUUACCUGGAGCUCCUAUACCACCAAAGUUAUUUAAACGCCGUUAUAAUUUAUUCAGUCCAACAGAUUCUCCAUUUAACAUAGAACAUGAUAAGAUCGAUGGUUCUAAUGCAGUUACUUUACAAUGGACAAGCGAAGGGAAGACUGUCAUGGCAACAAGAACAUCUGCAGAAAAAGAGAAAAGUCCUGACAGAAUAUGUCUUGAUAGACGAGGACUUACCUCUUUUCCAAACAUAAUUGGGGAGCCACGUUUACGUUUAUUAUCUCUUCAACAUAAUCUUCUUACAAAGAUUGAAAACUGUAAUUUCUCUCAGUUAACAAAAUUGGUGUUUCUUGAUCUGUAUGAUAAUCAAAUUGAAAGAAUAUGUAAUUUUGAAAUAUUAGAGAAUUUAAGAGUAUUAUUGAUUGGAAAGAAUAGAAUAAAAAGAAUUGAAGGAUUAAAGCAACUUUCUAAACUGGAAGUUUUAGACCUACAUGGCAAUCAAAUUGUACAAAUUUCGGAUUUAAAUAAUCUUGUAUCCUUAAAAGUAUUAAAUUUAGCUGGAAAUAAUAUUAAAACAAUAGGAUACCAUGAUUUUCAAGGUUUAGCAUCAUUAAAAGAAUUAAACCUCAGGCGUAAUAAAAUUAAAAAAUUAUUAGGUUUUGAUGAAACACCACAACUGCAAAAAUUAUAUUUAAGCAAUAAUGAUAUUUACAAAAUUGAAGAUAUAGGAAAUCUUGUUAAAGCGUUACAGCUUAGAGAAAUAACAAUUGAUGGAAAUCCUGUAACAUUGAAUGGGGAUUAUGUUUCUUUCCUUGUAUCAUAUCUACCAAAUUUACAAUUUUUAUCAGCUAUGCCAAUCACUGAACAAAUCCGAAGAGCUGCUGUGGCAUGGAGAACAACGAAGGAACAAAGUAAUUCAACCUUUUUAAACCUUAGUGCACAAGUUUGUAUGAAUGCUCGAAGAGAGGAAAUUAUAUCAAAUGCUAAAAUAAGUUGGGAACUUCUCAGAUGUCAUUCCAGAUCAUCCACAAAUAAUAGCAAUAAUAAAAACAAUAUUCGAAAUAGUAAUAUUAAUACAGUGCAAAUUCAGAAAUCAAAUAAAUUCAAUAUAUUAAAACCUAAGAACUUAGAAAAAGUAAAGUCGAAAGGUUUUGGGAGUUUAACAUCUAUAAAUGAAAAUAUAGAGGCAACAAAGAUAAAUAUAAAGAAAAGAAGUAAUUCUAGCGAUAAUUUAUUUCGAUUAAAAGAUACAACUAAAGCAUAUCCACUAGAAUUUAAACUUCCACCAAUUUUAGAUUCUAUUGUAGAUAGUUUAAUAAACAAUAAAUUUGGUGAGAAAAUAAAAAAAGAUUUAACAAAGACGAAAACCGAAAGCGACACUGAGAGUACAUCAAAUAGUGAUUCAGAGACUCUAGAAGGUCAUGAAAAUUUGCAAAGUUGUUUAAACUCUCAUUUCUUAAACUCCAAUAAUUAUGCUUCAUCACAUGAUGUUAGUAAAAUUGUUAAUAAUGAAACAUUUGAUUCCAUUAAUGUUUUCCCAUCAUCAGAAAUAGCUGAUGAAGAGGAUGAUCAGCCUUAUGAAAUAUUGAAGUCUUCUAAGCUGUUAAUGAAUGAGAAACAAGAUCUAUCGAAAAUAUCUCAAAGUACACAGUUUCACAAUCAGCAUGGUCUAAUUGAUUGUCAAUCAAAAUCAAGCAUUGAUUCUUCUGGAUAUUGUUCUUUAAGUUCUAAAACUAAUAGCAUUGAUAGUUGUAAGUCGGUAUUGAGUGAUCUUAGUACCUCAUCUACUACUAAAAAUAUAUUGCAAAAAUAUAAAAAUGUAGAAAAAGACAAGAACAAGGUGAAGAGUGCACAAGGGAAAAAAAUAGUAUGUUAUAAAAGUAAUAAAGCAGCAGCUGCUAGAGCUAAGCAUAAAGCCGUUACACCACCAAGUCCAAUACCAUUACAAAAUACAUUAAAAGAAAGAGAACAAGGAGGGGAUUAUUUAAUAGAAAUAGUUGGCCGUUGUUUGAAUAUUUAUGGUCAAGGUGCAUUACGUUUUAUUGAUCGACUUUGGGACUCUUCAAAAGCUCAAGACGUUAAUAUAGUUAAAUUUAAUUAUGUACAGUUUAAUGAUGUAGCCAAAGUGUUGUGUAAAAUAAAAAAUAGAUUUCCAAAUUUAGAACAUUUUAUGUUCAAGGAAACUAAUAUUAGCUAUCUUGGACAGCUCAAUGCAUUAGCUGAAGUGCAGGGAUUAACAAGUAUUCAUAUAGAAACUGGAAAUCCAAUUAUAUCAAAGGAUUGGAAAGUUUAUGCUAUAUUUCGGCUAGCUCACUGGGGCUUAAAAAUUAUUAAUGGAAAAGAAGUCACAAAUGAAGAAAUUGAUUCAGCAAAUGAAGAAUAUGCUGGUCUUGUUGAUAUUGUGAUGUGUUCACUGCCAGAGUCUUUAUUACAACCUUUAUUACAAAGACUUCAUUUAGAAAAAGUGCAAAGGCAAACUGGAGAAAUUACUGCCAAACAAUUUUUACUUAACAGUGAUCCAGCUCUAAGAAGCGUUGUUGCUAAGGAAGCAUUGCAAUGGAGAAAAGGAAGUGUAACACAGGAAGAUCUUAUUUGGAGACACAGAGGAAAAAUACAUUUACUAAAUUUAAUAAACCUUACUGUAGAUGCAAUACAAAAGUUACAACUACUCGAAAACAAAUGGCCAAGUAUUUUAUAUGAAAUAAUUCAUACUACCUUGUUUGAUUUUUCUGAGAUGGACGAAUAUAUGAAACGCUGUAGUAAAACACUCGAAAAUGAUAAAUAACAAGCAUAUCAGUGUAUAAUUUAUUGUAUAUAAUGUAUGAAAAAGAGAGAGACAGGAUUGAUAAAAUUGAUUCAAAUACUUUUCAUAAAAUUAUGCAGAAUUAUUGUUAAAUAAGCUUACAUGAUCAUAUAAAUUUGUAUGUAUUCACAGAAUAUGUUUCUAUGUAUUCACAUAGAUCUAUUAGUUUGAUACAUAUAAUCUUAGGACAUACUAUAUUUAUUUGUUUUCCUGGUUGAACUUUUCUGAUAUGUUUAAAAUAUUUGCAAUAAUAAAUGAAAAUGGCAUAAUA